ACUUAAAGUAGUUUGAUAUGUAACUAGCACACAGUUGCAUCAUUUUGUUCUCAUGUCUAUGUGGAAUUCUCACACACAGUGCUGAAUACAUAAAGUAAUUACUUAUAUGGAGAGUGAGCAGUUAAGGAGUCAUUUCGAGCUCUGAGCUGCAGUAGUGUACAGUACCAUGAGCUCCCCAAAGAGAGAGUUCCUCUGUAAAGUACUGAUAGUGGGAGACCUCGGUGUUGGUAAGACAUCUAUUAUACAGCGAUAUGUACACAACAUCUACUCUCACUGCUACAGAGCUACUAUCGGGGUGGAUUUUGCUCUUAAAAUCUUGAACUGGGAGAAGGACACUGUAGUGAGACUUCAGCUGUGGGACAUUGCAGGUCAAGAGCGAUUUGGACACAUGACUCGGCUAUAUUACCGUGAGGCAGCUGGUGCUUUUGUGGUGUGUGACUUGGGACGGGCUGCUACACUGCACUCUGUUCAGCGUUGGAAGGAGGAUCUGGACUCUAAGGUCUCACUAAAUAAUGGAAAUCCCAUCCCAAUGAUCCUGAUAGGGAACAAGUGUGACCUGAUCCCCCAUGGAACAAAUAGCCAAAGUGUAGAGAACCUGGGCCAGGAGCUGGGUUUUACAGACUGUCAUAUGACUUCUGCUAAGGAUAAUGUGAACAUUGAUGAAGCAAUAUCCUGUUUAAUUAAACAAAUGAUUGCAAACAAGGACGAUACUGACUCUGCAAAUGAUUCCAACAUUGUUAAACCAUCUCUGCACCCUCUAAAUUUCCGUUACACCAAAGGCUGUUCACAGUGUUGUUGCCUCUGAGUUUUGUCACUUUGUGUCACUGUGCAAAUGCAGAUAUUACAAGUAAA